GGACUGAGACACCCUUUACAAUUGAAAAGUACAAAGAGGCCAUUGGAAAAGCUUAUCAAAGGAUCACAUUGUACAUCUGCACCCUUGAGGACUUGGGUCAACCACAACAUCCCAUCCAUCUAAUGGACAAGUAUGUAAUAUUCUAUAUUAAACUUGCACUUGUGUUUGUUUUCAGGUUAUGUAUGUGAUGUUCUAACUUUUAUUGUGCUGUGAUGUGUAAUGUGAUCAAUGAUACAGGCCAAGAGUGUGACAAGGCCCCAACAGACAACCACCUCAGAAGAUCAGCUUACUUCAAGUGACUUCUACAACACAUACACCAGUAUCUAUGCACCUGUCAUCAUUGACAGCAGUUCUUCAGAUUGUGAGGAAGUAGAGAAAUUGCCAAAGGAACGCAGUGAUGGACUGACAGCUGCAGAUGAACUGACAGCUGCAGAUGUGGUCUCCAAUUUGUCUUUGAAGCUUAACACUAGCUCCUGCAGCAGAUUUAACAUUAACCGGGCCAAUGUCUGGGAUGGUGCCUUAAGAGGGUUCAAGCGAUCCACAUAUGACCCUACCUACGCCAUGAUGGUGAGAUUCACAGAUGAUGUUGGGCAGAUGGAAGAGGCUUUGGACACCGGUGGGCCCACUCGAGAAUUUCUUACUCUUUUGAUUGACGCCGUGAAGACAAGACGUGUAUUUGAAGGCAAAGAUAAUGCCAAAUACCUCUCAUUCGAUAGUAAAGCUUUGGAAGAUGAUGAAUACUUCCACGUUGGAAGAAUGAUUGCAGUCUCUAUUGUCCAUGGCGGUCCAGGGCCUCGUUGUCUCCCCCCAAACUUCUUCCUGUACCUCGUUGGUAAAGUAAAGGCAAUUGAGGCUACAAUUGAGGAUAUCCCUGAUGAUGAAGUGAGGAAGGCCCUCCUUGAGAUAAAUAAUACUACAUCACUAAAGGAACUCCAGAGACUCACAGACAAACACUCCAGCAUGCUUCAGACAGCAGGCUGUUAUCGCUUCAUGAGGACACUGGACGACAAGAAGUCAAAGAUGAUUACAUUCAGUGGUAUUUCAUCUACCGGAACCAUCUUUCCAUCCAGAGGUUCAAGGAGGGACUUGCAACUCUGGAUUUUCUCAGUGCCCUGGAACAGCAUCCUGCACUGUUCAUGCCAUUCAUGUGCUACAGUGAGAACAAACUGACAGCUGAUGCUUUGGAGAGCUUGUUUCAUGUGCAGCUCAGUCCGCCUGGUAGCACCAUGCGUCAGGAGGAGACCAGAGCACUGAACUACUGGCGAGACUAUCUGCUCUACGAUGAAGGUACUAACUGUUAUUAUAAUUAUAAGAAAUAUGCAGAAUCAUCACUGCAACUAUCAGUGAGAUAUAAAGUAAGUUCUUACAGCUGAUAGCUAAUGUCUACACUUAUUCAAAAGUAGCUAUAAGAGAAUAAGUUUCAGAAAUAGCUGUCUGCCAAAAUCUGAUCUUAAAAACAAAAGCCUAAUUUCUUCUUUGUCUUGGUUCCCUCCCCCUCCCUCCUCCCCCCUCUCUCCUCUCUCUCAGAAAAAGAGGCAAGCCUGUCGCUGGAAGACAUCCUCAUGUUUGGAACUGGGCUGAGGGAAGUUCCUUCUACGUCAAUAAAGCCUAAGCCACAAAUAGCUUUCCAGAAGGGCUCGCGCUUUCCUGUGGCAAAUGUGUGUGCCAAUACAAUCAAACUUCCAAUUUCACACACCUAUGAAGCCUUUCAAGAAGCCAUGGAUUUUGGCAUACAAAACGCCCCUGGGUUUGGGCUUCCUUAACUCUUGUGCCCUCCUUGACCAUUAUUUUGGUCAUUUGAGUUGUAUUUUCUGGAUUCAUUUUGGCUGUGAUCAUUCCCCAGCAGAGAGUAGAGAUGGGUAGUUUUUAUUGGUUUUGAUUGUUGUGAAACUGUGACUAGAACAACUUUCUACACUGUGAUAAUUAAAAAAAAACAACAACAAAAAAAACUAUAUCGAGUGUCCUUUGACCAAAAUUUGAUGCAUUGACUUGACCACUUUUUUUCAAAUCUCCCUGGAAACAAGGUUAAUAAAGGGUAUUCUCAAUUCCAUUUCCCUGCUGUUAUUAUAUGUCCACGCACAUACAUUUUUUCAUUGCUCUGAUUUGUACAUGUAAG